UUAAUCUUCUUGCGCUGAGACGACUCCUUAGUAUUGCUGAGUUUCAGCUUUGGACGCUGAGAAUGACUGUUUUAGAUAUGAAUGGGGAUAUGCUUUUGUACGUCUUUGCUGGACUAGGAGUUUUCAGCUUCACGGUAGGAGCCGUCCAACUGGUUUGGAAUAUCUGGCGUGGAUUUCUUUCAUAUAUAAUGCCGUGGUUUUGGAAGACCGAUCUGAAGUCCUUUGGAGAGUGGGCAGUUGUAACAGGAGCUACAUCAGGAAUUGGAAAAGCCUAUGCACAUGAGUUGGCGAGACGUGGUCUGAAUGUCAUCUUAAUCAGCCGCUGUAUGGAAAGGCUGAAAAAUGUGGCUGCAGAAAUCGAAAAGCAACAUGGUCAAAAAACUCGCAUCAUUCAAGCAGACUUCACUGGAGGUUACUCCAUUUAUGAAGGCAUUGAAGAAAAGCUGAAAGGCCUAGAAAUUGGAAUUCUAGUCAACAAUGUUGGAAUGAUAUAUGCAGGUUAUUUUUGCCGGCUACUUGAUAUUAUAAACCCAGCAGAGAAAUUGAUUCAAGUGAUCAAUUGCAACAUCCUCUCCGUGACACAGAUGAGCAUAAUGCUUCUGCCAGAGAUGAUCAAAAGAAAAAAAGGGCUGAUCAUCAAUAUAUCCUCAGAAAUGGCAUCCCAUCCUCAUGCAAUGUCGAACAUCUACUCCUCAACAAAGGGUUUUAUUAACUAUUUUUCCAGAAGUCUACAUGCAGAAUACAAAGACAAAGGCAUCAUUGUUCAGUGUGUGAUGCCUUUGGUAGUUUCUACCAACAUGGCAUACAACCUGAACCCCAAUUUGUUGGUGAAGGAUCCAGAUAGCUAUGCUAAGGAGGCCCUCGGCACAGUGGGCUACAGCACCUUUACCAGCGGCUGCCUGUCCCAUGCUUUGCAGCAUUAUGCCUUGAAUUUUUUCCUGCCUGGCUGGUUCCGUCUCAGUAACCUUUCAAUACGUCAGCUGGAGAGAUUUGCAUCAAAAUAUCAAAAAAAGAAUAAAGAAGAAUGAAAAAGAAGAAUGAAAAUUUAAGUAUUGUCAUUCAGGCUCUGAGUAACAGAGGUGUCUGUGCUUAGUAGUUGUUUUCUGUGCAUUGUGUGCUUAAACACUACAUAAGAGAUAAAGAAUGUUAAAAAUCACUGCUAAAAUUGAGAUGUAAGUUAAAAUCUGCAUAGACUGAGUAUUAAAUGGUAUAAGAAAGUCCUCCAAACUCCUAUGAAUAGUGUUUAAAAAUAAUAGCUUUGUUUGCAGCAAUAGUUCCAUAAACUGUUUUGGACUUUGUUGUUUCAUUUUUGGUAAAUUCUUUUGUUAUGAAUGCUAUAUUAUUAUGGUGCUAUAUGCACCUUCGCCAACUCUACUCCCUGUAUCCUCACUAUUCCACUGACCUCCCUCUCAUUUACACAAAUGAAUUAUUAAGUUUUAAUUAGCUUAUGCUACCGAGAUCCUGAAGAGAUAAUACCAAAUCUGACUUUUUUUUUCUCUCAACAACAAGUCUUUUGUUCAGUAUCUUUUGCUAUAUCUCUGAAACCCUAACCCUGCCACCAGCAAAUAUGACAUACCCUAUUACAUGUAAUGUUGCAUUGGCUUAAAUUGACGAAAUGUGUGGAUGAGACUCGCAACUGCACUCGGCAAGUCUGACUUACUGUAUGCUAUGACUGGAGAUUGUAUAAUGUGACACUGGCUUAAAACCAUUUCCCCUUUGACUUGUCAACAGGCAUAUAAUUUCCUAGUUUGGACAAAAUUUAACAGUCAUGUGUGCAACUGUAUGAGUUGACCAUCAUCCCUGGCAAAAUUGACAUUUGCCAAAUUUAGUGUAUACAGUAUCUAAAAUUUUGUUUCUUUGCAGUUUAAAGUAAAUUUCCCCAUAUACAGUACCUGUAGAAUAAAGAGGUGUCUUGAGCCAUCUCCAAACCCAAAAUCAAUUGAGUGUCUGAAAUCCAAAAAAAAAAAA